UAGUGUGCGUUUUUCGUACGCGGUGAUUGGCUCGCUGCGGUGUCAGUGAUGUUAGCAUGUUAGCUUGUCAGUGAUGCUAGCGCUUGUGUUUGAACGUAAAGCAGCUCGCCUUGCCGUGCAGAGGGGUUUAUCCAAGGCCUAAACCCGAGCUGUAACGUUACUUUAAUGACGAUGAAAUCCGCAAGAUCUCAGCAGAAACUCUACAUUUAGUCCGCGCUGUUCUGAGCUCGACACGAUGAUUAUAGAUAAUGUGGACGCGCUGAAGUCGUGGCUGGCCAAACUACUUGAGCCGAUAUGUGAUGCGGACCCUUCUGCUUUGGCAAACUACGUUGUUGCUUUGGUGAAAAAGGACAAAUCUGAGAAGGAGCUGCGGGCGUUAUGUGCUGACCAGCUGGACGUCUUCCUGCAGAAAGAAACCACUGACUUUGUGGAGAAACUCUUUGAAUGUCUCACCACCAAAAACUACCUGGGAAAUCCACCUGUUAAAGAACUUCCUAAAGAGGAGACGAAAGCUCAAGCUCCAAAACCUGCUGAAACAGAAGAGAUUCCAGUCGUUCUUCAGACGGGUCACGUGGAGGAUGAGAAGGAAAGCAGAAGAAGACGAAGUCCACUGAGGAAUCGUUCAGACUUUAAUGAAUCAAGGAAUCGGGACGAGCGGCGGAGAGACGAGCGCAGACGGCGGGAGCCUGAGCGUCACGGGAAGAGCGGCGAGAUGUACCGAGAGAGAGAACGGGAACGAGAGAGGAACGAGCGGAGGAGAGCGAGCUCACGAGGACGCAGUCGGAGUCGCAGUCGCAGCAGCAGCAGAGGGAAGAGCCGAGACCGAGAACAGAGACGAGAACACAGGUCCAAAUUCGAGCCGGAGCGGAAAGAGCCGGAGCCGUACACGCCGUUAUCCUCAGGUCCCUUAGGCAAACCUCAGCCACCGCCGCCGCAGCUGCCUCUGCUCCCGCUGCCCCACCCUCGCUCGCCGUUUCCCCCCUCGGGCAGUCCCAGCAUCCCCAGCGCCGUAACGGCUCACCUGCCCGACAGCACCACCGAGAACUGGGCUGCUUACUUUAACCACGGCGAGGGCAAGAGCGGCACGCUGAAACACCGCUGCCGGGAUUACGACGAGAAAGGAUUCUGUGUCCGCGGUGACCUUUGUCCUUUCGACCAUGGCAACGACCCUCUGAUCGUGGACGACGUCGCCCUGCCCACGAUGAUUCCCUUCCCUCCCCCCGGCAUGCCCCCCGCACGCAUGCCCCCUCCCAUGCCCCCCAUGCCCGAGCCCCUCCCCAUCAUGCCCAUGCCGAUACCUCCCCAUGGACAGCCCCCGCCUCCAGGCAUCUACCCCAUGGCAGGACCACCUCUAAUCCCAUCCAGUGGGAUAGAGACUCCGCCCCAUGCACGGACGAGCACCUCCUCCCCUCUGGCUCCGCCCGGAGUAAACCCACCUCCACCUCCUCCUCCUCCACCUCCUCCUUCUUCCUCUGCUAUUUCUUCUGCUUCUCUACAUCCUCAGUACACUCUGUCUGAAUACAGCUACGAUCCUGAAGCGUAUAAUCCAGAAUCUCCGGCCAUCACCGGGACGGGCCGAGUACAGUACCGACAAUUUAUUCCUCGCAUUCAGACCCAGAGACCCAACUUGAUCGGUCUCACGUCAGGAGACACACAGAGCUCCCGAGCUGCUAAUAUAGUAAUCCAGACUGAUCCGUCGAUAACCAACGCCACGAGCGGUGAGGUGAGACACGGCAUGGAGCUCGACAGCAGGAAGAGAUCACUGGAGUCUGCAGAUGGGCCUCAGGCCAAAAAGCCCUGGACAGACAAGCAAAAUUUCAACAAUCAGCACAAGCCGGCCUUCCCCAAGAAGAACCACUACGUCAACACCAAACUGGAAGUCCGCAGAAUUCCCCGAGAUCUCAACAACAUCACCAAACUAAACGAACAUUUCAGCAAGUUUGGGACCAUCGUGAAUAUCCAGGUGGUGUUUGGUGGCGACCCGGAGGCGGCUCUGAUCCAGUACACGGCCAACGAGGAGGCGCGGAGGGCGAUCUCUAGCACCGAGGCGGUGCUCAAUAACCGCUUUAUUAGAGUGUACUGGCACAGAGAGAACACGACGCAGAACCAGGAGCAGAACACCAACCAGAGCACCACCCUCGGCACACAGAUACCCCCUGUCCAUAAGGUCAUUAAUAAGCCACACACACCCGGGUCCUAUGUGCUGAAUAAGAGCUUCCCAAAACAGCAGAGUAGCUCCGGGACCGGACCUACAGCCAGUCUUGACCCGCUCAGUCCCGCUCCAGAGUCCUCAUCGGCAGUCGCUCCAGCUUCUGCACUACAGAAAGGACUUUACUCACGCACAGCAUUUAAACUCCUCCCAAAGGGUCUGGGGAAAACGGCCAAAGCCCUUGAGGAUCAGGAUGUUCUGAAAAAGAAGCAGGAGGCGCUGAAGCUGCAGCAGGAUAUGAGGAAAAAGAAACGAGAGAUGCUGGAAAAACAGAUAGAGUAUCAAAAAGUGUUAAUAAAUCGCCUGGAGAAGAAUCGUGGAAUGAAGCCAGAGGAGCGAGCAAACAUUAUGAAGACCUUGAAGGAGCUCACAGAGAAGAUCUCUCAGCUGAAGAACGAGAUCAGCAAUAGUAACGUCUCCCAGGCCACCGGCAACGCAGCUCAGCCCAAAACCAAAACUGACGCACAGAAGGAGCUGCUGGAUGCAGAGUUGGACUUCCACAAAAAGUUGACCACAGGAGAGGACACUACAGACCUGAAGAGGAGACUGGGUCAGCUGCAGGUUGAGGCGAAACGGUUAGGGCUGUUACCCGGAGGCCGAGCUAAGCUGCUUCCGAGCGCGAGUCGAGGCCGGGGCCGAGGCAGAGGAAGGAGUGGAAGAGGCAGAGGAGCUCCCGGCCACAUGGUGGUAGAUCACCGUCCUCGCACCCUCGCCAUCCUGGGAGUCACGCAGGAGGAGAAGGAAGAGCUGAUGCCGCACUUUGUGAAAUUCGGAGAGGUUGAGGAGCUUCGUGACCAGGACGCUACCAGCGUAGUGAUGACCUUCAAAACUCGCAGUGAAGCAGAGAAUGCUGCAAAUCAAGGGGCGAAGUUCAAAGGGCGGAUUCUACAAAUCUCCUGGUACAAACCCAAAACCCCGUCUGUCACCACUGAGCCUGAAGAAGAGGAGUCAAAGGAAGAGAUGAAUGCGGAAUCAGUGAGCCCUUUCUUGCUGCCGGAGGAAGAAGAGGAAGACGACGAUGAAGAUGAUGAUUAUGAGAGUCGCUCAUGGAGGCGAUGAGACGUUAUUACUCUUUUUCAUUGUGUAAAGUUAAGCCUUUUUAAGAAGCUUAUUUAAGUCCGUAAAUCAUUUUGUUUUCAAAACUGGUUUCCAGUAUUUUUAGAGUUUAAGAGAAGAGGACGACGGUGUGAUGGACAGAUGCUCGGUGAGGGAUGGUCUAGAUGAAUGUGAGGUAUUUAGAAGGAACGUGUUAGUUUUACUCUAAACCCUCAGCGUCAUUUACUAAACUCUCACUUUUGCUGAGACAGAAAUGGAAUUAACUUUAAUUGAAUAUUGUUUCACUGUGAUUGAGCUGACAUCAGUAAUACUUCUGUGACUACUGUGAAGAUUUCUGCCCAAAACACACCGGGAGAGGGAGAGACAGGGAGAUAAUCCAAUAUAACCCUAACACUUUUAUUGUUAUUCCUCUAUCUUCCAGAUUUGUGGUAUCACUUGAUGUAAAUAUGAUCUCGGUAGGGUGUGUGUGUGUGUGUGUGUGUGUGUGUGUGUGAGAGAGAGAGAGAGAGAGAGAGAGAGAGAACAUGUUCACUUUUGUCUUUCCCUCUGAGUUGUGUUUAUUCAUCUGAAACCAAAAAGAGCUUUGGAUUGCAGUGUAAAAGAUAAUAUUAUUCUUUGCAAAGAAAAUGUAACCGGUGUUUUAAGUGUUAACAAUUUGAUUUGUAUAUCUUUUUUUUUUUUUUUUUUUUUUUGCCUUACUCUAAUUGCGGACAGCUAACUUUUUACAAGAUUUCUGAUUAUUUUUUUUGUACAUUUUGUAAAUGGUUGCAAUAGUAAUGACUGUUUGCGUAAUUAUUUUAGCCAUUAGAACGAAUGGCACAAAGUUCAGAUCGUUCACUCGCAAGAGUGCUUAGGUUUUUUUUUGUUUUUGUUUUUAAACUUGUAAAAUAUAAAAUUGCUGCAUAUAGAGAUUAGGAAAUUUAGGUAUUAGAAGUCAAAUCUUCUAUUUUGCUUUUGGAAAGUCUCUCAGAUUUAGGAUUGUCAGUUAAAUUUCAAGACCCUGAUAAAGAUCUUUAUUGUUUGUUUGCGUAACUGUGCUCCUACACCAUGGUUGUGUAAAACGUUUACUGUAAACUGGAUUUGAACUUUAUUAUUGUUUAUAUAUUUGAGGCUUGAUUAGAUGUAUUUUUCUUUUUUUCUGCCUGUAAAAAUGGAUUUCAAACACUCACAGUUACUUAUUAAUAAAGGUAAAGGAAUGGGGGAAAUCAAUCCAAGAAUAAUAAUAAUUAAAAAAAAAUUUAAUUGGCUCAAAUAUGAAACCACUAAAAACAAAAAGGAGGAAAAAGAAGAAGAAAAAAGAUUUGAUAAUCCAUUCCAAGAAUAACCUUCUGAAAAUGUUGUCCAGUGUGUUCUUUCAUGCUUUUUAACUGUCACUCUGCUGUU